AUGGGCACUGUUUGCUUUUCGCGGCGCUGCUGUUUGCUUUUCGCUCUCGCCUGGGCCGGCAGGUUUGCGGGAGGCAGCGGGGGCGCAGAUGUCGACGAGUGCGCAGAAGCUACAGAUGACUGUCACAUUGAUGCAAUUUGCCAGAACACACCGAAAUCCUACAAAUGCAUCUGCAAACCGGGUUAUAAAGGCGAAGGGAAACAAUGUGAAGAUAUUGAUGAGUGUGAAAAUGAUUUCUACAAUGGGGGUUGUGUCCAUGAGUGCAUCAACAUUCCAGGCAACUACAGAUGUACGUGCUAUGAUGGGUUCAUGUUAGCCCACGAUGGCCAUAACUGUCUUGAUGUUGAUGAGUGUCAGGAUAACAAUGGAGGAUGCCAGCAGAUUUGUGUAAACACAAUGGGCAGCUAUGAAUGUCAGUGCAAAGAGGGCUUUUUCCUGAGUGAUAACCAGCAUACCUGCAUUCAUCGCUCUAUUGAGGGUAUGAACUGUAUGAACAAAGAUCAUGGGUGUGCACAUAUCUGCCGGGAGACACCCAAAGGUGGGGUUGCCUGUGAAUGUAGGCCUGGCUUUGAACUUGCCAAAAACCAGAAGGACUGCAAAUUAACCUGUAACUAUGGGAAUGGAGGCUGCCAGCACACCUGUGAUGACACAGAUACUGGUCCUGUGUGUGGUUGUCAUCAGAAGUAUGCCCUACAUUCGGAUGGCCGAACCUGCAUUGAGAAGGAUGAGGCUGCAAUUGAGAGUUCUGAGUACAAUGCCACGUCAGUAGCUGAUGUGGACAAGCGGGUGAAACGGCGGCUACUUAUGGAAACAUGUGCUGUCAAUAAUGGAGGCUGUGAUCGGACUUGCAAGGAUACGGCGACAGGGGUACGGUGCAGUUGCCCAGUUGGAUUUACUCUGCAGCCUGAUGGGAAAACGUGCAAAGACAUUGAUGAGUGCUUGGUAAACAAUGGUGGCUGUGACCAUUUCUGCCGAAACACAGUUGGCAGCUUUGAAUGCAGCUGCCAGAAAGGCUAUAAGCUGCUUACAGAUGAACGGACCUGCCAAGAUAUUGAUGAGUGCUCCUUUGAAAGGACCUGUGAUCACACCUGCAUCAACUACCCUGGAAGCUUUGAAUGCCUCUGCCAUAAAGGCUACACCUUGUACGGGCUGACGCACUGUGGAGAUAUUGAUGAAUGCAGCAUCAGCAAUGGUAGCUGUGACUAUGGGUGUCUUAACACAAUGGGGAGUUACGAGUGUGUCUGUCCAUCUGGAAAGAAACUUCACUGGAAUAAAAAGGACUGUGUUGAGAUGGUGAAAUGUCUCCCGAACGCCAAACCAGCUGCAAAGGCUCAGCUAGUGUGUAGUAAGACAGGAGGCAUAGAAAGCUGCUUCCUAUCAUGCCCAUCCAAUACUCUUUUUGUUCCAGAUUCGGAGAACAGCUACACGCUGAGCUGCGGCGUCCCCGGCCCCCAGGGCAAAGCUCCGCCGCCGAAGCGCAACGCCACGCUGCCCAGCUGCGCAGAUUCAUUAGCCCCUCCAGUCAAGCAGAAAGCUCGUUUUAAAAUUAAAGAUGCAAAAUGCCAUUUGCGGCCUCGCAGCAAAGAAAAAGCGAAAGAUUCUGGGAAGCAAGCUGUAUCAGGAGGUCCAUUCCCUUGUACAGACAACUGCCAGGUGACCUUUGUGAAUCUCAAGUGUGAUUCCUCCAAGAAAAAACGCCGGGGCCGCAAGUCACCAUCAAAAGAAGUGUCCCAUAUCACUGCAGAGUUUGAAGUGGAGAUGAAGGCAGAAGAAGUCUCAGACACCUGUAACAUUGACUGUGUUCGGAAAAGGAUGGAGCAGAAGCUGCAAACUGCAAUCAAAACAUUGAGGAAAUCUAUUAAUAAACAGCAAUUUUACAUUCAGUUUUCUGGGACAGAAUAUGAAGUGGCUCAGAAGCCAGCUAAAGCUACUGAAGGACAUGAAGCUUGCAGUGCAGGGCAAGUGCUGCAGGAAGGAAAAUGCGUUACCUGCAGCACCGGCACCUUUUAUAGUGGAGAACAUAAUCAGUGCAUUCCUUGCUCGCCAGGAACAUACCAAGACACAGAAGGUCAACUUACCUGUGAGCCUUGCCCAAGUAAUGAUGGACAGGGAGUAGCAGGCGCCCGGAACGUGUCAGAGUGUGGAGGGCAGUGUUCUCCUGGACACUAUUCUUCAGACGGUUUUAAACCUUGUAGAGUCUGUCCUCUUGGUACGUAUCAGCCUGAACCAGGAAGGACCCUCUGCUUUCCAUGUGGUGGUGGGCUUGUGACCAAGUACGAAGGUGCUGUUUCAUUUCAAGACUGUGAAACCAAAGUUCACUGUUCUCCUGGACACUAUUACAACUCCACAACACACAGAUGUAUCCGGUGCCCUGUGGGAACUUACCAGCCUGAGUUUGGCCAGAACUACUGCAUCACCUGCCCUGGGAACACAAGUACAGAUUUUGAUGGCUCCACUAAUGUUACGCACUGCAAAAACCAGCACUGUGGAGGAGAACUUGGGGAUUAUACUGGCUACAUUGAAUCGCCCAACUAUCCUGGAGAUUACCCAGCUAAUGUUGAAUGCAUUUGGAAUAUAAACCCUCCCCCAAAGAGGAGAAUACUCAUUGUAGUACCUGAGAUAUUCCUCCCAAUUGAAGACGAAUGUGGUGAUGUUUUAGUCAUGAGGAAAAGUGCUUCUCCUACUUCAAUUACUACAUAUGAAACAUGUCAGACUUACGAGAGACCUAUUGCGUUUACCUCAAGAUCACGGAAGCUAUGGAUUCAGUUCAAGUCAAAUGAAGGAAACAGUGGGAAAGGAUUUCAAGUCCCGUAUGUGACUUACGAUGAGGAUUAUCAACAGCUAAUAGAGGACAUUGUUCGAGAUGGACGAUUAUAUGCUUCAGAAAAUCAUCAAGAAAUUCUAAAAGACAAGAAACUCAUCAAAGCUCUCUUUGAUGUCCUGGCACACCCACAAAACUAUUUCAAGUACACAGCACAAGAGUCAAAAGAGAUGUUUCCGAGAUCAUUUAUAAAGCUACUGCGCUCAAAAGUUUCCAGAUUUCUACGACCAUACAAAUAGU